AUGUCUGACGUUAGAGACUUGGAAAUCGCCAUCAUCGGCUCUGGCAUGGGUGGCCUAGGAGCCGCCCUCGCCCUGGCCAAACGAGGCUUCAAACAUAUCAAUGUCUACGAGGCCGCCAGUAACCUCGGGUUUGUUGGAGCCGGUAUUCAGAUGGCCCCCAACAUGGGGAGGAUCCUCGACAGGUUGGGCUGCUGGGAGGGCAUUGAGAAGGAGUCAACCUGUGUGGCAGGGAGCAGCAUCAGACAGGGAGCUACAAAUGUCGAACUUGCUCAUGUCGAUAUGCCUGACAUCAAGGCCAAGUAUGGCUACUCUCACCUUUGUGGCCAUCGAUCCUCCUUGGCUGGCCACAUGUAUGAGGCGUGCAAAAAGGAGAACAACAUCAAGUUCCACUUCUCAACCAGCCUACUCGAAAUCACCAGCUUCUCCCCUCGGGUGUCAUUCAAGGUCCAGCCCAGAGACUCGGAGCCCUACACGUGCCACGCUGACAUUCUACUCGGUGCCGACGGCAUCAAGAGUGUGACGCGAGCCCAGCUGCUACAACAGGUGGGUGCUGAGCCUGAAGAGGCCGAGACUGGGCAAGCUGCCUACCGCAUCAUGCUCAAGAGGGAAGACAUGGCACACGAUCCAGAGCUUCUGGCUUUGGUUGACAGUGACGAGGUGGUCAGAUGGGUAGGAGAAAAACGCCACAUCAUUGCCUACUCCAUCGCCAACAAGUCCAUCUAUAACCUGUCGACAGUCCAACCAGAUGAGAACUUCGCCACAGCCCCAUCCAUCACGUACACAACCAAGGGGUCGAAGAAGGUCAUGCUCAAGGUCUUUGAGACUUUCUGCCCUCUCGUGCAAAAGAUGCUCAACUUGGUCCCCGAAGGAGAGGUCUGCGAGUGGCGCCUGAGGAUGUACAAGCCUCUGCCAACCUGGACACAAGGGUCCGUCGCCCUCGUCGGAGACGCCUGUCAUCCGACAUUGCCGCAUCUGAGCCAGGGAGCAGCCAUGGCCAUCGAGGACGGCUCGACCAUCGCCGAGGUGCUGCUACAAGCCCCUGAUGCUCGGCCCGAAACUAUCGCCAGGUGCCUCAAGGUGUAUGAGCUGUCUCGGAAGGAGUGGACCUCGAACCUCGUCCAGAUGGCAUACAUGUCCGGGCGAACGUUGCAUCUGGGUGAGGGCAAGGCCAAGGAGGAGAGAGACAGGAUGUUCAAGGAGCACAAGAGCAACGGCGCCGUGCCAGACAAGUGGGCAUCUCCAGACGUGCAAAAGAUGAUUUACACAAACGACUGCGUCGAAAAGGUCAGGGCGGAAUUCGAGACACUCUUUGCAGGGGUAUAG